GUGUGUGUGUGUGUGUGUGUGUGCGUAUUAUUAAAGAGUAUAAAAGUCAAGUGUUGUGCUUCCUAGUUAAGAGCUUUAAGUUUCUCACAAGUUGCAGCUUCUUUAACUGCAUGAGCGAUGAUCAACGGAAAACAAAGGGGGCUUCAAAAUAAGGUUGUCUGUACCUCUCAGAAAAUCUUUGGUUCUGUUUAGUUUGUUACCUAUAAACUAAUUAAAAAAGUUUUACUACAUUAAGUGCAGCAGUAUAUAUUAUACUUUUUUCUUUCUUUUUUAAGCAGUAAAUGGCAGACACUAAUGAAAGCUCUGUGGGAGCUUAUGUUUAUCAGAAUGUGGUCAAAGGGGAAAUGGGUUGGAUAGCUUUUAUAAAGAUGUCAGUAUUAAUUGUGGUAACUCUGUUUGCUGUGUAUGUAAACUGUGUUAUUCUUUAUGUUCUUAACAGUAAGCCUGUGUUUAAAGAAUCAUCCCGCUACAUACUGUUUGCCCACAUGCUCUUCAAUGACACUGUUCAUCUCAUUCUCACUUUUUUCUUGUUUGUCUUUGCUGUGAUCUUCCUCAAGUUGGCUAAAGCUGUCUGUUCCAUGAUCCUGUUUUUUAAUUCUACAACAUUUUAUAUUGCACCUUUAAACCUGGCUGUGAUGUCUCUGGAACGCUAUGUGGCUAUAUGUUUUCCUCUAAGACACACUGAAAUAGCCACUCAGAAAAGGACUGGCAUUGCCAUUGGUUUUGUGUGGUUACUUGGCUCUAUAAAUAUUUUAAUUGACAUUAUUACUGCAGCAAUUUUGGACCCCAGAUUCUUCAAUGCUGAAAUGUAUUGCUCUCGUGAACAGCUGUUCUACAGACUCUGGCAGCCUGAGGUGUUCAGUGUAUUUAUUGGGUUUUACUUUGUGUCAGUGACCCUGAUCAUCAUCUUCACUUACAUCAGCAUUAUGAUCACAGCCAGGUCUGUGUCCUCCAACAAAGACUCUGCUAAGAAAGCCCACAGGACUGUGCUGCUGCACUUCAUUCAGCUAGGCCUGUGCACAAUGUCUUUUCUAUAUAACACCAUAGACAGAGCACUUUAUAUAGUGACUGGCAGCGCUAACUCUCUAUAUUUACAUGUGCAAUAUGUGAACUUUCUCUUUCUACUGAUUCUGCCUCGCUGUCUGAGCCCUCUUAUCUAUGGGCUGAGAGACGAUGCUAUUAGACCUUUAUUUAAACAUUAUUUCUGUCCCUGCUUUAGAAAAUUCAGCCCUGCUGUGAAUGUGCAGUAA